GGAAGGAUGAUAAAGACUACGCUUUAAAACAAAUAGAAGGAACUGGGAUCUCUAUGUCGGCAUGUAGAGAAAUAGCAUUACUUCGAGAGCUUAAGCAUCCAAACGUCAUUUCUCUUCAAAAGGUGUUUCUGUCUCAUGCUGAUAGGAAGGUGUGGCUUCUGUUUGACUAUGCUGAACAUGACCUCUGGCAUAUAAUCAAGUUUCACAGAGCUUCUAAAGCAAACAAGAAGCCAGUUCAGUUACCUCGGGGAAUGGUGAAGUCACUAUUGUAUCAGAUCCUAGAUGGUAUUCACUACCUGCAUGCUAACUGGGUGUUGCACAGAGAUUUGAAACCUGCUAAUAUUUUAGUUAUGGGUGAAGGUCCUGAGCGAGGAAGAGUAAAAAUUGCCGACAUGGGCUUUGCCCGAUUGUUUAAUUCACCUUUGAAGCCUUUAGCAGAUUUGGAUCCAGUGGUGGUUACAUUCUGGUACCGAGCCCCUGAACUACUUCUUGGAGCAAGGCAUUAUACCAAAGCUAUUGAUAUUUGGGCUAUAGGGUGUAUAUUUGCAGAACUACUAACGUCAGAACCAAUAUUUCACUGUCGACAAGAGGACAUCAAAACUAGUAAUCCUUAUCACCAUGACCAGCUGGACAGAAUAUUCAAUGUAAUGGGAUUUCCUGCAGAUAAAGAUUGGGAAGAUAUAAAAAAGAUGCCUGAACAUUCAACAUUAAUGAAAGAUUUCAGAAGAAAUACGUAUACCAACUGCAGCCUUAUCAAGUAUAUGGAAAAACAUAAAGUUAAACCAGAUAGUAAAGCAUUCCACUUGCUUCAGAAGUUGCUUACCAUGGACCCAAUAAAGCGAAUUACCUCAGAACAGGCUAUGCAGGAUCCCUAUUUCUUAGAAGACCCACUUCCUACAUCAGACGUUUUUGCCGGUUGUCAAAUCCCUUACCCAAAACGAGAAUUUUUAACGGAAGAAGAACCUGAUGACAAAGGAGACAAAAACCAGCAGCAGCAGCAGGGCAAUAACCACACGAAUGGAACUGGCCACCCAGGGAAUCAAGACAGCAGUCACACACAGGGACCCCCAUUGAAGAAAGUGAGAGUUGUUCCUCCUACCACUACCUCAGGUGGACUUAUCAUGACCUCAGACUAUCAGCGUUCCAAUCCACAUGCUGCCUAUCCCAACCCUGGACCAAGCACAUCACAGCCGCAGAGCAGCAUGGGAUACUCAGCUACCUCCCAGCAGCCUCCACAGUACUCACAUCAGACACAUCGGUACUGAGCUGCAUCGGAAUCUUGUCCAUGCACUGUUGCGAAUGCUGCAGGGCUGACUGUGCAGCUCUCCGCGGGAACCUGGUAUGGGCCAUGAGAAUGUACUGUACAACCACAUCUUCAAAAUGUCCAGUAGCCAAGUUCCACCACUUUUCACACAGAUUGGGGUAGUGGCUUCCAAGUUGUACCUAUUUUGGAGUUAGACUUGAAAAGAAAGUGCUAGCACAGUUUGUGUUGUGGAUUUGCUACUUCCAUAGUUUACUUGACAUGGUUCAGACUGACCAAUGCAUUUUUUUCAGUGACAGUCUGUAGCAGUUGAAGCUGUGAAUGUGCUAGGGGCAAGCAUUUGUCUUUGUAUGUGGUGAAUUUUUUCAGUGUAACAACAUUAUCUGACCAAUAGUACACACACAGACACAAAGUUUAACUGGUACUUGAAACAUACAGUAUAUGUUAACGAAAUAACCAAGACUCAAAAUGAGAUUAUUUUGGUACACCUUUCUUUUUAGUGUCUUAUCAGUGGGCUGAUUCAUUUUCUACAUUAAUCAGUGUUUUCUGACCAAGAACAUGGCUUGGAUUUUUUUGAAAGUACAAAAAGCCACAUAGUUUUUCCAGAAAGGUUUCAAAACUCCCAAAGAUUAACUUCCAACUUCUAAGUUUGUUUUCAUUUUCAAUCUAUGACUUGACUGGUAUUAAAGCUGCUAUUUGAUAGUAAUUAAAUAUGUUGUCAUUGAUAUAAACCUGUUUGGUUCAGCAAACAAACUAAAAUGAUUGUCAUAGACAGUGUUUUAUUUUUCCUGUUGGUGUUGCUGAUUUGUGAGCAUGCUUUAAGAUGAAAAAAGCAUGAAUGAUAACUUCCUUAAAAAGGUGCGGCAUCCAAUUCAAAUAUUUUCGUCCUGAUUUUAAAGCUGGUUGGUGUAGUGCUAUUAAAAUUUUGUUCAGUUCAUUUUCCUUUUGAAAACUUGUUCGCACGUUGUUUAGGGUGCCCUUACUUCAGCAAAGGAGAAGGAGUAGGAGAGCCUUAGAAUUUUUGAGGAAAAAAAAAACCUAUAACAUACAAUGUACUGUAUCAAACUAUUUUACAUGAAUGACACAAGUAUUCUGAAUAAAAAAUUGAACAUUGUUAAAAACAAGGUGUUAUGUAAUAAAUUUAUUUUUCAUAAAUCAAAA